GGCUGGGGAUCCUGGGAACUGGAGUCCACCCCUUUUCAAGUGGCCCAGUUUGAGAAACCGUGGUCUUAAGCGGCCGUCUCCGUCUUUGCAGCGCUCUGUACCUGCUCAGAGGCGCCUUUGGCUUGAAUUGCAACACUUCUGUUUCUUUCAGUCCCCUGCAUUAAAUCCCAUUUCUUAGCACUUCCUGAAAAUGUUCCUUGUCAAAAACUUCCUCGGAGGCGGCGGCGGAGGCGGUGGAAAUAUCAAUAUUGGAAAUGUCAUUGGAGGAUUUAUGGGUGGGGGCGGAGGGGGUGGGGGCGGCCAAGGAGGAGGAGCCAUGAAAUUUCUGGGCGGAGUCAUCAGUGCCAUCAGUGAAGCAGCAGCCCAGUAUAACCCAGAGCCUCCGCCCCCUCGUGGCCAUUUUUCCAACAUCGAAGCCAAUGAAAGUGAGGAAGUCCGGCAAUUCCGAAGACUCUUCACCCAACUGGCUGGAGAUGACAUGGAAGUGAGCGCAACGGAGCUGAUGAACAUCCUGAACAAAGUAGUGACUCGACAUCCGGAUUUGAAGACGGAUGGGUUUGGGAUUGACACCUGUCGUUCCAUGGUGGCCGUGAUGGACAGUGACACGACGGGCAAGCUGGGCUUUGAGGAAUUCAAGUAUCUCUGGAACAACAUCAAGAAGUGGCAGUGCAUCUACAAGCAAUAUGACGCUGACCGAUCCGGCACCAUUGGCAGCAGAGAACUUCCAGGAGCUUUUGAGGCCGCAGGCUUUCAUCUCAACCAACAGCUCUACGCCAUGAUUGUGCGCAGGUACUCGGACGAGAGCGGGAACAUGGAUUUCGACAACUUCAUCAGCUGCCUUGUGCGCCUGGAUGCCAUGUUCCGUGCCUUCAAAUCUUUGGACCGAGAUGGCAGUGGGCAAAUCCGUGUGACUCUGAAGGAGUGGCUGCAGCUCACCAUGUACUCCUAAGAGCCACCGGCCGUCAACGAGGACACCACCCCCACUUCCUCUACCAUCCCCAAUUCCCUCCUGGAGUGAUGUAGAGUUUGGCGUCACCCAUUGGCAAACCCGUCUUCAGCCUGAGAAAAUCUUAAGAAGAUGCUAUUCUGCGGUUCGGCUUCCUUUCCUGAAAGCCAAACAAAGAAACUUCCUGUUUUUACUCUUUAUUUUGCAUUGCAAUUUUUAAUCCCUGUUGUAAAAGCCACAACCUGGUUUUUCGCAUUGGCUCUUCACUUGCUAUGCUGCUGCCUUUUCAAAGCUCCAGGAGUGGGGAUGGCGGCUUUGGGGGGGGGGGUGUCUCUUGAAAGAGAAAGCUCCCUUUCCCCUCCCAAACCAGCUUGGAAUUCGAAUGUUGCCAUGCAGAUUUGAUAGGGUUUUUUGUUUUUUGUAAGUUUCAUUUUGGAAGAACCGUGUGUGAUGGAGGGAUCGGCUUACCUUGCAAAACCAGAUCCCUUGUAUAUAUAUGGGGGGGGGGAGUGUGUAAGGGAUUUUGCAAAUGGGGGGCCAAAGUAAUUUCUUUACGGACACUGUGAGCCAGUGACCACAGCCACCUUCCUCAUUCGCAUUUUUUCCCAACCAGGAGCAUUAGGAAUAGGAUGAGGUGAGCUCGAUGGUCAUCGUCCACCUCUUCUCACCCCUCCCCAAAAGAAGCUGCUUCCCCCUUUCAAAAUCCCCAACGCCCUCUGCCUGGGUAGGACUUUACAAAGCAAUAAUUUAGCAGCUGAGGGAACCAGUGCUGAAGCGACUUCAAUAAUCCGGAUAGAUGACAGCUUGUCCUUUAUUUUUUUUCCCCUCAGGCUGCCAAUAGAGGCCUGGCUCAGGAUCUUCAAAGUUAGCUUUUGAAUUCUAUUUAAAAAAAAAAAAACACAGCAUCUUUAAUGCACACAUUGUGGCUGCACCAUGCGAAUUUCUGAGCAAUGCACUUUUUGUCACGUGCCAAUAUUAUGCAUGAAUUUUGAAGGUCUGUAAAGCAGGCUGGCCAAUCUUGGCUGCUCUGAAGACUUGAGGACUUCAGCUCCCAGAAUUCCCCAGCCAGGGAGUUGAAAUCCACAGGUCUUCGAAGUUGUCAAGAUUGGACACGCCCAGGUAUAUGAAGGAGAGCUCCAAAUUUUAUGGGAAGUAUUUCUAGAAUUGGUUUCCUUUAAAAUGUGUUGGGGUGUGUAUGAACCUGUCAGAUUAUGAAAUGUUGGACAUUGUGGGUUUAUAAAUCCUGGUUUCUCCCCUUUUUUGGGGGGAAGGGCAGAGAAGGGACUCAGAAUAACAUUAGAGGCUCCUGAAACUUCUAGAAAGCCGCAAAUUCCCCCCCCCCAUUUUUUCUGGUUUUUUUUUUUUUCUGGAUUCAGACCCAUCCUUGGCUUAAAAUUGUCAUGAAUGAUGUUUUGUUUCCUCUCUGCCUAAAAUUAGGAAAUGUGAGGCGGACUUGAGGGGGGAGGGGGCUUUUGCAAAUAGUCCUUUUGGAAAUAUCCCCGAAUUCUGGCAAAAGGUUUUGCCGGCUCAAAGAGAGAAUUUGCUCAGGUGGGCAAAAAUAUAUAUUGCAAUGAAUCAUUUGCAAUCUCUAAGUGGGGCCGAUGUCCUCUCUUUGAACUGCUGGCAGAUCUUUUUCUGUGUGCCCCCCUCCCCAACCUCCAAAGGCCCCCCAGGGUUAGAGGCUGCCUCCUCUAUGUAUGCUCAGUUUUCUAAUAGCUCAUUAGCAACAGGAGUAAAUGUUGCAUAAUAUUAAGAAUC